CAGGAGCGAGUCCCCGACGACGACUGUAGCUGUAGCUCUGUGCCCUCAGCCUUCUGUACCAGGCCCGUCUCCCGCCUCCCGCCUCGAAUUUCAUUUUUCAAACACAGUUUCCCCCGACCCUCGGAGUGCCCUUUCCUUUCGCGGGAAGCGGGGCGUUGGAGGAGGAUAAAAAAGGUUCCGGGUGUGAGGCGAAGAUGGAGGAGGGCGCCCAGACCCCAGACUGGGACAGCGAUGAAACGAUGAUUGACGAGUCGGUGACGGAGAGCGACCUGGAUGAAGAGGAGCUUCCAUGGAGAAGGUUGCUCUUUAAAGACACAUCUCUUAGAUCUGAGUUCAGUCUCCAUCCUGGUAUAAGUGGAAUGUACGAAGGCACUCCUUCUCCUGAGAUUCAACUUGCUUUCAAAUUCAGAGAGAUUCCACAAGAGCAGAAGAGUAAAAAUAAUAUAAUGCCGCCUCUUAGUGAGAAAGAAGUCUUACAGCAACCUCAAGAUGAAAUGGAACAAAAUGAAGCUCUGUUCCUGAAUAGAAGUUUUCCAGAGUUCACUGGGUCAUUUUCCCAGGCAAAAAUUUCAGUGAACCACCAAAGCAUUCAAGGGCCUGAGGCUGAAAAUCCUGAAAAUUUGCCAGACCCAGAAAAGGAACUAAGCACAGACAGAAAUGCUCCUGAAAUUAGCUUUUUGUCUGGUACUACUGCUGAAGUAUCUGAUGUGGUGGUUGUAAAGGAGAAGCUGUUAGUAGAGCCAGAGAUCUUAGCAGGACCAAGUAAGUUUUCUAAAUCUGGAAAGGAAGCCACAUUGACCAUGAAUUCUGAAGAAACCAAGGAUGAAGAAAGUUCUCUUAAGACAUUUGUGUCUGCCUUAGAAAGGUUACUCACAUCACCAGAAAUGGCUCAGGAAGAAAGACUGUUUGAAGUAAUGAGUGAUUUUGAACCUAAAGAGUUGGACAUCUCAUUGAGCAACUCUCCAAGUUCCAUAUCAGUAUCCUUGACAUGUUCCAAAGAUUUCCUAGAAAAUACAAAGGAUGAUGCCUUGCCAGCUGAGUUGUUAGCAGCCAUAAACACAUCAUCAGAAGGCAACGUGGGAUCCAUCUGUUACAGAAAAGGGGGAGACAGCAGUCUCAGUGCUGGAAAUGAAUAUUCAGGAGUGGAGCCCAAGAUGUCUCAGACCAGUGAAGAUUGUACACAAAUAACAGAGACUCUAGAAGAUCCAAACUUUGGGCUGCAAACUUUGGUUCAUCAAAAUGUCACCUCAUGUGAUCCAAUGCAUAAUAAAGGAAAUUCAAAUUCAGUGGAAAAUAAAUCUGGCCAGGAUACUCCAUGUGUGUUAAGGAGAUCGUCCAGACUAAAAGCAGGCAGAGAUGCAAAGCACACAGAUGACUUGUAUAAUAUGCCAGAAAAGAUUUUACCAAAGAUUAUUGUCAGUGAGGAUCAAAUAAGUAAUAUCUCUUCAACUAAGAAUUUCAGAAUUCAGGAUCCUGCUUUAAUGAUUAAAGGUAAAGGGAGGAAUAUGCAUUCAACCAGACUCAAAAGUGGAGAACAGAUGCAGAGAAACAAAACACUUGCUGGAAAAAGUGAAAAAAUGAAGAGGAAUGAAAUAUCUCUGUCUAGCAUUAACCGUAGAAACAUCUUUGGAGAGAACUUACUAUAUCAGGCUGCUCUGCAUAAUGACAUUGAUCUUGUUCGUCAUUAUAUAAUGAAAGGAGGAAGUGUUAAUCAGCCAAGUUAUGCUGGUUGGACAGCACUUCAUGAAGCUAGUGUGGGAGGAUUUUAUCAGACAGUAAGUGAACUAUUAAAAGGUGGAGCAGAUGUAAAUAUCAAAGGAAUGUACCAGAUCACUCCCCUACAUGAUGCUGUCUUAAAUGGACAUUAUAAGGUGGCAGAGUUACUUCUUUUGAAUGGAGCCAAUCCGUUACUUAGAAGUGACAGUGGAAAAUGUGCUGUGGAUGAGGCCAAAGAUUCACGUAUGAAGCGUCUUCUUGAGAAAUAUAUUCCUAAACACCAAAAACAUCUCCUUACAUCAGCUCAAAAGAACAGUACCGGUCCAUUAGACAUAGAGGAUACAUACCAGCAAAAGAAACCAAAAUUCAGUUCUAAAAAUCUCACUGGGUUUGUUUGUGAUGAAAAUUCCAACAGACAGAAGUCAGAACUUGUAAAAGUUAAUGAAGGAAGCAAAGAGGGUUUAUUUAUAAAUAAAGAUGUAUAUGAACCUUACCAAAAAGAUUCCAAAGACACAAAAUUUGUUAACUCUAAGCAUAAACAAUUAACACUUCACCAAAUCUACUCUACUACGGGACUCCAAAAGAAGAGUCUUCAGAGUGUCAAAAGUCCUAACACAAACGUGUCUACUGAUAAAGGAAGAAGAAACACACGACAUAAAAGAACUCAAGUGGAUGAUGCAAAACAAGAAAUAUGCAGUCCAAGAAAGACAAUAGCUCUUUCUUCUUUCAGAAGAAGAAACAGAUUGGUUACUGGUCAGCACGAUGAUCUCCAAACCUUUGAUGACCUUCCAGAAGAGUCACAUAAACUUUUUAGCCCAGCUCUGUCAAGCCUGAAAAAUGGAUUAGGUAACAGUAUUGAGACUUGUUCAGUUCCCAAAGAGACACAUGCCCAGGGCCUGGAUUUAUCAGAUAAUCAAGAAAUAAAAUUCUUAGAAUCCACUGACCAAGAGGAAGCUGUUCUUUUCUCAGGACUUGGCUUACAGAAAGAAACCAAGUUACUACUUGUUACUACAGAUCAGCAGCCUAACUGUCACCUAGAACAACAGAGCAUUAGCCCUCAUAAAUCUCCUGAAAACAAUAACUCAGGUCAGAAAGGUGAGAGCCUUAAAAAGUGGGAAAAUUCUUUUGCAUCCUUGAUAAAGGAAAAUUUUAAUAAUGAUGAUGAUGAUUGCUUUACCUCUGAGAAGACUGUAGCAUGUAAAAGAGUGGUAUGUUCUACAGGUUGCAAAAACCAUUGUAACGAUAAUGAGAAUAUUAUAACAAAUAUAGAAGAAAUGGAUUUUCAACAGUUUUUCCCUUCUGAAGACCAUUUUUCACAGGAAAAUGAGUUGAAAGCCUGCAAUCUAUUACUUCUACAACAGGAAGCUGUUAAUCUUUCUGAUUCAGAAAAUACAAUAGGUCCUGAACAACAUGUUGCAAAUUAUGAACAAUGCGCAUGUGAAACUUCUUUUGAUCACUCACAUGGCAGUCCUGAGCAUACUUUCCUAGCUUGUCCAAGAACAUUUUCAACACAGGAAGCUUCAAAGUUGACUAGUCAUGUGAAGCUGUUCAAAAGGCCUCAAGAUUUUAGCACUAGAGCACCAACUCCUUUAAUGGAUCAAACAGAUAUUCAUAUUGUGGGAAAGGUAAAUGAAGGAGAAGACCCUAAAAGGAAUUACAGUGAUGAAAGCCAGAAAACAAGUUCUUCAAAUGGGUCUUUAUCCACAGUUGUUAAUUCUCAAGUAAUAGAAACAACUACAGUUGAAAAAAGGAAACAAGAUCUUCCAGAGAGCAAAACCAUACAUGAUACAGUUUUUUAUUCUACUGACAAUAUCAGUAAGGAAUUGACCAAUAUCUCACAACUUAGACAGAAAGAAGAAAAGGAAAUUUCUCAUAAACCAGAUGAGGAAUUAACUAAUAAUAUCAAUGGAGAUGAAACCACUAUGAGAAAUGGUGAGAAAAAAGAAAAAACAGAUUCUGAAAUUUGCACAUCUAAUAUCCAAGAACACAAAAAAGUUCAGAGUAUCAGAAAAAGGCAAAAUUUCUUGAAAGCUACCUGCAGUCAAGAAGUGAAAACAGUUGGGAUCAAUAAGAGGAAUGCCAGAGGGGAAAGCCGGCUUCAUUUGGCUGCCAGAAGAGGAAAUUUGUCUCUGGUGAAGGCUCUAAUAGAAUCUGGAGCAGAUGUGAAUCUAAAAGAUAAUGCAGGUUGGACACCACUUCAUGAGGCAUCUAGUGAGGGAUCUAAUGAUAUAAUUGUAGAGUUGUUAAAAGCUGGUGCUAAUGUUAAUUGUGAAAAUCUAGAUGGGAUUGAUCCCUUACAUGAUGCUGCUGCCAACAAUCAUUUAAAGGCAGCUGAGAUUCUAUUACAACAUGGAGCAAACCCAAAUCAAAGGAAUCAAAAGCAGAAGACUGCUUUGGAUGAAGCAGAUGAUGAAAAAAUGAAAGAGCUGCUGAAAUCUUACGGUGCAAUUGAGACUGAUAAUUGCGAUGAAAGUAAUGUUAUAGCCACUGUCAAAAUUCCUGCUGUCCGACCAAAAAGACUUAAACGGUGUUUUCGUGAUGACUGCAAAACUGUUGACCCACCUUCUCUUUCACACAGAGAAAAAACAAGAGAAAACCAUCCUGUGCAUCAGACCAUCAGUGCCAUUCUACAAGAUAUAGAAGAAAAACAAGAAAAUUUGCUAGAAUUUGAAAUAAGAACCCCUGAAGAUGCAGAACAAUACAUUGAAAAGAUGUUAGAGGUAAAAGAGGUUAUGGAUAAUGUGCUUGCCAAACAGAAGGCAGAAAGAGAUGAUCUGGCUAAAAAAUACAGGGUGUCCAUAGAAUCAUUUAAGCAAGGAGUCCUGAGAGAACAGCUGGCUAACUUGGCCACAAGACAGAAGAAUCUUUUAGUUGCAGCAAAAAAACAGAAAAAAAUUAGCCAGAAAAUUCAAAACUAUAAAAACAUUACAUCCUUGUCUGGUCCCAGUCUGAGGAAGCUGCCAUCCAGCUCAGAAACCUCUAGUGAAAAGGACAUCCAAGAGUUUACCGGUCUGGAAAAUCCAUUGCAAUCUCAGUCAGGUUCACUUUCUCCUGUAGGCCUUAUUUGUGGAAGAAUGCAGGAAACACAGUUGACUCUGCAAAUGUGGAAAGGCAGCCAAAAUACCAACACCUGUGUAAACUCAGAAACAGUGAGAAGGGAAGAAUUUUCUGGAAAUGAACUGAAUUCUAAACAAAAUGUCAGUGACUGUACCCUGGGCGGGUUAUCAGAAUCCAGACAUUCAAAUGGCAGUAAGAAGAUUAAAUUACCAUCCCAACCUAUUGCUUUUAUUGCUCAAGCAGAACAUUCGCAAAAAGAAAAAGAGUUUCUUACAGAAACUCUGGCCGAAGGGCAAGAAUCCUAUAGUAGUCCUUCAGCCGUAACUGGUGCAUUACAUAUUUCAGAGACUACAAGCAUAAUUGCCAGAAAUGAUGCCCAUCCAUCAACUGUUAUUUGUGAUCAGGAUUCUACCAGUUGUGAUCCAAAAGGAGGAAAGAGGAAAAGAGCUUCCCAGCAACCACCUACAGGAACAUUAGAAUCCUUGGCACAUCAAGGGACUGAUGUCUUAGGCAACAAUACUGGGCAUCAGAUGAAAUCAUAUCUUAAAAAAUCAGCUUUUGGUGUUCCGCAGGCUAAUGACAGUCAGAGCUCCUCUUCCUCUAGGUGUGGCCGUCAACGUACUAUAAAAAAGCCUUUAAACUACAGCACAGCUCCUAGAAAGAAAUGCAUGCAGAUAAAGGAUCUUAUAUUACUUGGAAGAAUUAAUCCAGGAAAUAACAUUCUGGAAUUCAAAACACAGGAGACUACCCACAAAGCCAGUGUUUUAAUGAGUGGUAAAAUUAAGGUAGAAAACGGUCAGAUUUAUCAAAAUCCAGUCACCUGGCUCAAGCAUCUUCUAGGAGGCGACAGUUACGUGACUUGGAAUUAUGCUUGGAGUAAGGUGACAUAUCUGGGGAAGGAGCUUUUAAAGUAUGUUUCUGAGGAAGUGCCCAUACCUGCAGAGCCAGUCGUGGUGCCUCAACAACAUCAACCUUGUCUUUCAGGUACAUCUUGUUUAGAUGACCCAGUACAGGAACCAAGCAAAUAGAUAUUGGAAAAAAUGAAAUUUGGACAUGGAACUUCCAGAGAGUCAAUGCAAAGCAUUCCACAUUAUCUACAAAUAAAUGAAGUACUAUUAAUCAGCGAUCAAGAACUUCUCCCAUGCCAUAUAAUGGAUCAGCAUUGGAAGUUCUAUGUGGAAUGUGAAGAGCUAACAUUCUAAAGCUUUGUUUUCGUAGUAACUUAUUAGACAUUUGUUCAUUAACCCACAUUCAUAUUUUAUGGGCUGGACAGCCUAUUUUAACACACCCUUCAUGAGUUGCUACUUAAAAUGUGUGUUUACCAUUGUAAAAAAAGAUAUAACUUGAACUAUUAUAGUACAAUUAAUACCUUUUUGCUAUUGAA